UACAACAACGCCCUUUAAAAUCACAACAAACCCAAAACGAUCCAUGUUUUAAUUAAAUUUCCCUUUUUCAAAUAAUUUUUAAGUCCAUUUCGUGCCUUAUUACUGAGAUCUGAAAGAAAAGAAGCCAAUAAAGAUGAAUUACGGAAGAAAAACGCCCUCGACUUACAGAUCGACAACCACAAUUGGUGGAAGCACCAGCAAACGUUCUCGUUCGAUGAAAUCUGUGGCAAUUCCAUGGUAUCAAAAGCCAAUUUUACGGAAUACAGACAUCCAAAAGGCAGCUCUUUUCACGGGAUUGUUCUCAUUGUUUGUGUCUAUUUUCACAAUCGCAACUGCCGUUUUUGACUUGUAUUGUUUGGCGAUGGCGUCUCCGGGAAGCACUCAUCGCGGUUAUUACCUCAUUUCGUAUGAAUUUGUCUAUGUGGGUAAUGUUCAUGUGCGUAAUACGUUAAUUGUGUUUGCCCUGUUUUCCCUCGUUGGGGCUUGUUUCUUGUUUGUGACGAGUCUCAUGUUGAUAAUUGCCCUCAGAAAGGAACACGAGAAGAAAAUCAUGCCAUGGCUCUAUGUGUUUGCCGGAUUCAUCGUUUUUCGGUUCUUUGCGUUGCUUUUCUUCUCCAUUCUGAACGACUUGAUCUUCGCAUACAACAUUUUCAUUACCGUUGUGUGGGUUUUGAUCAUUCCCGCAAGUGUUUAUGGUUGGCUCACUGUCUACAGUUUGUACGUAGAAUUAGCAGAUCUCACAAAGUUGGAGGAUUUGGCACAUUUGAGAAUGGGAACAAUGCAAUCUUUGAACGCAUCGACAACUCAUUCGUUGGCAGGAUCACGUCCCGUUACGCCACAUACGACUUCUGUGAGCACCAUGCCGAUGGAUACACGAAUCUUUUGAAAAGUAUUGAGUCUCGAACGAAGUUUUUAUUAUUUUUUAAGCAUUUUAUUGAAGUUACGCACAUUUUACGCUGACGUACUAAGCAAGAAAAGGAACCAUUCCGUCCAUUUUUUACUUUUUAUUAGAUGUAGGAAGAAAUUAAAAUAAAUAAAAAUAAAAGUUUCUUA